CCUGGGAGGAAUGUAAAGCCUCUCCUGUGGUUCAGUUCCAGCUUUUCCAGGCUGCGUUCCAGGAGCAUCAUGACACCCUGGGGGCAAUGGCUGCUUGUGGGGCUCUUCAUGCUCGGAGAGGGGCGCCAGGCCUCGGAAUAUGGAGAAGAGAGGAAAGGGAAGGCCGGCUUCUGCGUGGCGUCCCCCAACGGGCUGUACAGCCCCCCCUGCAAAGUGUCCUGCGAGGGAGACACGGAGUGCCCCGGGGAAGAGAAGUGCUGCCAGUACGCCUGCAACUACCAAUGCGUGCCGCCCUGCAGAGAGAAGUCCGGCCACUGCCCUCCGCCGCUGACCAAGAAGCUCAAUAGCCCCGCGAUGUGUGGGACGCUGUGCACAGAGGACAAGGGCUGCCCCGGCAAGGAGAAGUGCUGCGAGACCAGCUGUGGGCGCGUCUGCAUGGCCCCCCUGGAAGAGAAACCGGGCAAGUGUCCCAGGCGGCAGCGGGUGAAGAAGUCGCCGGAGGAGCCGUGUUUCGACACUUGCCUCCAGGACCAGCAGUGCCCCGGAGAGACCAAGUGCUGCUUCACAGGGUGCGCCAUGAACUGCGCCAACGCCCAGCAAGAUGUUUCCACUCAGACUGACUUACAGUGACGGGCUCCACUGGAUCCAGCCAAUGGACUUGGAGGUUCAUCACCUGGAUUUGGAGGUUCAUCACUGGGUCCGGCCAAUGAAUUUGGAGGUUCAUCACCUGGUUCAUCACCUGGAGAGCAGCAUGGCCGUUCUGCAAAAGGGACUCUGGGGUCAAUUCUUAUUAUUACUAUUGUGAUGUUUGUUUAUACCCGGCUUUUUCUCUCCCUGGGGCCAAGCACUGGGGCCAAGCAAGGAGCAUCGGCAUCCCAGGCUCCCUCCACUCAGGAAAUAAGCUCACUUUGGGCUGGGAAUGCUCUGUUUAAUCAGACAGAAGCAAGAGUUGAGUAUCUGUGUCUUGGUUACUGUCAAGGCUUCCAAGCAUCACAACCAUCAUUUACAGGUAGCACAAUUUGAAUUAUUUGCUCACGAUCUUCCCAUUCGUCAAAAUGCAACAUGCAUUUCACUGUCCCCAGUCUUUCCCUUUAUUGGCCAGGUCACCAAAACG